CGCAGAGUUUUUUUCUGUUUAAAGAUUAAUUUACUUUUAGCCCGAAAAUACAUUUUAUUUAUUUAUUCCAAUUUAAGUAAGUCAGCGUAAAAUAGUCCAGAAAGAGCACUGCGACAGCAAACAGCCUGAGGUGGACUCGAACACACGCCUUUGUUUACCGACGGAGAUAUUAUAAACGAGAGACGCAAAGUACUUAGAUAAGGCUGCAAGAUCACCGCCCAAAUAACUAAUACUUGUCUGCAAAUGGUGAGCUUCGCUUCUAGAAGGACCUUGACUAUAUAAACUCGCUGGGUCUUUAUUAUCGUGUCCAUAAAAAUCUUAAAUUAACGACUAAGAUUCCGUUUAUCUGUUUUUCUUUUCUUCCUUUACAUUCCCGUAGCCUGUAUAGCUUCUGUCACGUUUGAAAAUAUAAAUAAGUAUUAGCUACUGAAGUGAAUGGUUGUAAACACGAACCUACAGUUUGUUUGGUCAACAAGGCGGGGUCUCUGAAGGCAGCACGACAGGUUUACUGUCAGUCAGUGCGCAGGUGUACAUGGUUAUUAUUUCAGGCGCCUGUGUUUGCAGGUUCAAUAUUCCUUCGCUAUUUAUUUAAAAUAAUAACUUAAUGACAGCAACACAUCGCCCGUCCUCGCUCACGGUCUCGGGCAGGUACAGUGGAACUGGAAGGUGUUUCUCGAUAUGUUAGCUUCACGGAAGUGUGUAUACAGCGCGCGUCCCCAGAGCGUGCUUAAAUGACAGGAGGAUAGAAGCGGCGCGUCUCUUAUAAAGGACAGGCUUUGAUCACAGCUGGACGAUCAACAUGGCACCCAAAGACCCUCUCCUUGGCUCCCUCAAAGUGUGUGUCCUGAACCUGCAGUCAGAUGGAGAGACGGUGACAGAUUCCAACCCUCACCUCGCCUCCUGCUGUGAGCUGCUGGAGCUGGUCCUCAGGAAGGGACUCCAGCAGCCAGUUCUCAGUCUGGUGCACAGAGAUUACUGGCACUGUUUCGAACAGCUACCCCAUCAAGAUGCCUGUGGCAGUCUGUCUGCUCUGUCCUUGGCAGUUGAGCAGACCAGAGUUUGCAGGAAGCUGCUCUCAGCUCAGGGCCGAGGGCGCUACCUGCUCAGGCUGGCCCUCAGCCGCAAGGUCCUGCCGCAGUUCUUCACACACCUGCUGCACACUGCCAGACUCCUGGAGUGGUACAGCCCAGAUUUAUCAAUUCUCAGGAAUGAGGAAUUUGUGGAACCUUUCAUGUCGCUGCUGCUGGUGCUCUCACACAUGGACUUCAAACUGGACAUGGAGAAUUGCAGUUUUCUGGAUGAGAGCUGGCUCCUGCCGGUGUGUGAGAUAUACGAAGUUGUGCCCUGCCGGGAGGUAGGGUUGGUUCUGAGGUAUCUCAGCGGGCGCGUCUUUGUUCUUGACCUGAUUCCCGGCAGUCAGGCUGACGUCGACAAGUUCAUCUGUGCUGGUGACAUCAUCGAUGAGAUCAAUGGGACCUCGCUGAGGAAUUCUAAAAGUGGACAUGCCGGUGCAGUUCUGUCUCGGUUUAAGGGCUGCCCUUUGUCCAUCCGUGUUAUAAGAUGGAGGGCCCACGACGGAACAGUGUAUAGACCCCUUAUCAAAUUCCUGCGGGCCCUGAGGACAGAGAACCCCACCCUGCAGCUGGGUCCUGCUCCCUCCCAGCAGACAGCAAGCAGAGACCAGAAGCCUCCUCCAUCACAGUGUCUCAAAGAGGGAAGGAUUGUUUACAUAGUGCAAUUCUUGGGAAAGGCAAACAUUGGAAUGUUUGGAGGAAAGGAGGUGCUCCAGCAUGCAAUCCCACAGGUGUUGCAGAAAAGCCUACCUAGCAAGGUAGAAGUGCUUUUAGAUUUGAAGGAAACGCAUUUGACGUGCACAGACAGAAACAGUAAAUUGGAGUUGUUUGAGCACCAUUAUCCCGAGAUUUCAUGUGUAGGGAGAUAUGCACAGCCAGACUACACAGUAUUUGCCUUCUGUGUGGCAGACUCCCCAGAAACCCCUCAGUCCACAGGCUUUUGCUGUGUGGUGCUCCGAGCCAGCAGCAUCAAGGAGUGCGAAGACAUCGUCUGCAGGAUUGCCACUGGGUUCAAGCAUACGGAAUGGUUUGUAUGACAAACCAGCUGCGACCAACUAUGUGUUGUAAAUAAAAGAUGUGUAUUGACCAUAUAGACCUCUUCACUGUCUGUAUAGUAAAAAACAAAAGGACACACCUCUUACUACUCAUAAAGACCUUUAAUAGAAAGACAUGUGACAACAUUUCAUAAAUAGUAUUAAAUGUAGCUGCCAAGAUUUUGUGUUGGAAAAAACAUGUUAAAAAGCCAUCAAGAAUAUAUGCAGGGGUUUGCCAUGCUCUGUUACCAAGUAUAGAGAAUCAACUGAGGUAGCCAACACCCCGACACUAGGCCUUACUGAGCAUGACACGCUGGCAUUUUGUGGUAAAUGGAUUAAAAAUCCUGCCCCCCAUGGAAGAUGGACCCCCCCAUCCCCAGAAGGAGCCCGGCACCCACAAGUUUAAAGUCAAGUGAUGUUACAUCUUAUGAUAUGACCCACAAUGGAUAAUCUGAAGCCCCCUUCAGACAAACUCUGUCUCCAUUGAUGGUACUUUGAGUGAGCACAAAAGUUUGUGUAGUGACAUGUAAGUCUCAUUCUCAAAGUGAACUUUGUGAUCAGAUGGGCGCACAAGAUUACAACUGCUUGUGCAUCUUUGUGAUUUGCUCAGCUCCCGAGAAGAAUGCCGCUACCCAAUCUCACCACAGCAAGGUACAAUGAGGAUUCCUAGUGAUGCGCUCCAACUGAAUAGAAGUAGGAUGCAGAGCAAUUGGCUAUAGGAGGAUAUAGUUGGGCUUUGCCCCUUUGUGACAAUGGAGAACUUAUUGUUUCAAACAGUAGCUACACUUUAGUCAAUGCUGAUAGUUCAUAUUGCAUUUGUGGCAACAACCCUUUUGCUCAGUGGACAAUUAUAUGCUUCAUAGCUUGCUCGCAACCAUUGCUUGCAUUAAUGAAGCUGGGACAUUAGAGCAAACCUAGUCCAUAUCUAAUGAUAGACAGUUGUAUGUCUGCAAGGGGCUCGCACUUGCGGAAUGAUUGAUUUGUGUCAACCCUAAAAAAAGUAAAAAAAAAGAAACUGUUUAAAAAAAAAA